UUGGUCACGUGUGGUGCCGGGGGGGCGGGGACGUGGUUUGACAUUUGUCUCGAGCAACAACCGUUGACAUUCGGUUUCCCUCCACGCGCCGCGAGUGCCGGCGGCUCCAUUGUGUUCGCGAGCUCAGCCCGGCCCGGCCGUGUCUUGUCCGGUAUGGCCCGUGGACAUCAGAAGGUGCAGUCCCAGCAGCGGAAUGCAAAGAAGCAGGCUGAACAGAAAAAAAAAUCGGGACAUGAUCAGAGGACUGCUGCAAAAGCAGCUCUUGUCUACACUUGUUCUGUCUGUAGGACCCAGAUGCCAGAUCCAAAAACAUUUAAACAGCACUUUGAGAACAAGCAUCCUAAAGCACCAAUGCCACCAGAACUUGUUGAUGUGCAGGCAUAGAUAAAUUGUCAACAUGUUAUUUCUGACUGCAAGUCACUUAUUAAAGCCAUAUCCUGGAAGAAGAAUCUGCAAGUGCAGCCUAAUUCUGGCCAACUAUAACAAAGAACUACAAAUACAUUGCUUUCUUGCCCUUUUAUUUCCUUCUGGGCCAUGAGUACAUCCACUCUAAUGCAUUGUUGACAUUGCAGAAUUUUUGAUUAUUGUAAAAGGAUUUCAACUCUUGUAACUGCUCAUUGUGUAUAAUAUUUAAUAAAAUAGUAAUUUGAUUUA